AUGCAAAAACAAAAAUCAAACUCAAACGAUAAAGAUGUUUCAAAAAGUAUAGAUGAUAAAAAAAGUAUUUUUCAUUUUUUUGCCAAAAAACCAAGUUCUAAAAAUUCAAUUGAAUACAACCUUUCGACUAAAAAUGAUGCUUUUAAAAAAAGUUUUACAGUAGAACCGGUAACUGACAACACAAAUAAUAAUGUUAAAAAGUCAACUGGGCCAUUAUCAGAAGGAACAAAUAAAUCAUUAGAAAAUAAACUUUUAAAAACUCAGGAUGUAGAUGUUAAGAAAACAAUAUCAAUUUCAAAGACUCAAAAUAUUAAUGCUACUGUUGAAAAUCAAGGGCAAAGUUUUGUGAAACCAAAUUUAAAACCUUCAUCAUAUAUUAAUCCUUCAUUAAAUUCUAACUCAACUGUUUUGGUUAAUAAAAAGUCAGAGUAUGCAGGAAAUUUAGAUAGCAAAUCGUCUCCAUCUAACAUAUCUGAUACAAAUAAAAUCAUUAUAGAUGAUGAAAAGGAGAAAAAUAUUAAAAUUGAUGAAAAAAAUUUUGAAUCACAUGUUAUCAAUAAUUUAGAUGAAAAAUCGUACAAAAAACAAAUGAUUCAUUUUUUAAACCACUUACCCAAAUGUGGUCCAAAAUUUUCAACAAGAGAUGUUGCAUUUAAAUGGCUUAAUGCAUACUUGCAUUUUUUGACAGUUAAAAAAUACAAUAAAACUACUGAUAAAUUUGAUGGUGAUGGUGAAACAUUUCAUGCAUUUGCAGAACAUGUUUUAAUUAAAAUUAUUCAUCAAGCUGCAUAUCUUUGUGAAAAAGAAAAUAUGUUAUUAAAAUUAAAAAUUCCUAAAAAUCAAAGUGAAAUUAUUGUAAUGUCUGAUAUUCAUGGAAGUUUAGCUGAUCUUAUAAGAGCAUUCCUUGUUUAUGGUUUACCUGGUGAUAAAACAUACUUAUUUUUAGGAGAUUAUGUGGAUAGAGGUGAUUAUGAAGUUGAAAUUAUAAUAUUACUAUUUAUAUUAAAAAUAUGUUUUCCAUAUUCUGUUUUUCUUCUAAGAGGAAAUCAUGAAUUUCAAGAUCAAAAUAGAAAAAACGAUUUUCCCAAAAAAUGUAAAAAACAAUUUAUUUCUUUAAACUAUUGGAAAUUACUAAAUUUUGCUUUCAAUCGUCUAUCAAUUGCUGCAAUUAUUGAAGAUAAAAUAUAUUGUGCUCAUGGAGGUGUUUCACAAUGGAUAAAGGGAAAAGAAUCAAUUGAAAAAUUAGUAAAACCUAUGGAUCAAAAUAAAACACUUAUUGAAAGAUUAAUUAUAACUGAUAUUGUUUGGAGUGAUACACUUAGAAAUGAAAAAGAUUCUGAAAAAAAAUUAUUUUUACCAACAGUUAGGGGUAUAGGUUAUGCAUAUACUGAAGAAGGUUUAAAACGAGUACUUAAACUUCUUGGAGUUGAAAAAAUUAUUCGAGGUCACCAUCCACAUUUAGAAGGUUUUUAUGAAGAUUAUGGAGAAAUAUGUUAUACAAUUCAUACUAGCCAAUUAGAAGAUGGAAGUAAAGGAAGUAUUUGUAAAGUUAUGAAAGAUCCUAAAACAUCAGAAGUAUCUUUAAAAGCAUUAAAUUAUAAAAUAAAUUCAUUUUUUAAUGGUUAUACAAAUAUUAAUAAAGCAAUAGAUGUAAUUAGGGGAGAAUAUUUAACACGUUACAAAGAAUUUUUUGACCAUAAUCAUAGCAAAAAUGCAAACAGUCAAAAUUCUUCAGCUACUAUUUAUAAUUAUACAAAUAUUGAGUCAACUUCAAAUACUGUAGAAAAUAAGGAAUGUUUUUACUGUUCUAAUUAUAAUUUUUUAAUGAGAGAAUGUUGUUCAAGAAGGCGAAUGUUUGUUACACAUCAACAAAUCUGUUCACUUAUGAAUAAAUAUAAUUAUAUCAAAAGAAUUGGAUACAAUAUAAUAUUGAAAAGUAUAAAUUCUGAUUUAAAAAACAAUUUAUGUUUAACAGGAUUUCCUUCGUUUAUAGAUUUUUUUCAUCGUACCAUUCAAAGACAUCCUGAAUUAAUAACUGAUGAAGAAAUGAAUAUUAUUAAACAGCUAAAUAAAGGAAUUUUUAAUUUUCGUCCAUUAGUAAAAAAAAUGAAUACUAUUAAAUACAAUAUACUUUCAAAUCAAAUGUUCUAUGAUAAUGAUGAAAACUCAAAAAAUGUUUUAACUUCAAAAUGCUACUCUGAUGCUUGUAAAAAAAAUGAGAAAGAAGAAGAUAUAGAAAUUAAAGACUUAAAUAUAACACUAGAAAAUCACAAAUAA